AUGGAACCCAUUAGAUUACCUGAUGAGUCAACUCCUCUUGAGAUAAGAAACAAUUCUAGGUUUUACCCAUAUUUUAAAGAUUGUGUCGGAGCAUUAGAUGGAACUCAUAUUCGUGCAUCUGUUCCACCUAACAUUCAAGGAAGAUUUCGUAGUCGUAAAAGGGGAACGACACAGAAUGUAUUGGCUGCCAUUACUUUUGAUUUGAAAUUUACUUAUGUUCUAGCUGGUUGGGAAGGUAGUGCACAUGAUUCUCGUGUUUUAACUGAUGCACUUACACGUCGAAGAGGAUUUAGUAUUCCAGAAGGUAAAUAUUAUCUUACUGAUGCUGGAUAUGGCAUCCGAAAUGGAAUUAUUUCUCCAUAUCGUGGUGUUAGAUAUCAUUUAAAAGAGUUCACCAAUCAUCGUCCAGAAAAUGCAAAUGAAUUGUUUAAUCUUCAUCAUUCAUCAUUGCGAACCACUGUUGAGCGAGUAUUUGGAAUUUUAAAGAAACGUUUUCGUGUGUUGGAUGCUGAACCAUUUUGGGAUUUUCAAACACAAGUAGAUGUAGUGUUGGCUUGUACUGUCAUCCAUAAUCAUAUAAUGAGAAUUGAUCCUAAUGAUUUAAUUAACGAAGAAUUAUAUGAGGAAUACGAUCCUCAUUCAAUAACAUCAACUCUUACACAACGAGAAGAGAGGGAAGAAGCUAGAGAAUGGGCUACUAAGAGAGAAGAAAUUGCAUAA